AAAUGAUGUAAGGGGUUUGUUUUGGAGAAGCAGAGGUAAAGAAUGGGUUCGUCUGCUGACGGUCACAAGAUCGCCUUUGAGAGAGAUGGUGUGUUUCUCAACACGAGCACAAAACGGACAAAUGACCAGGACACGCACAUCCCUGGGGUGAUCCGGAUCAUUGAGAAGGGUCCUGAUACUGUGGUGGAUUGGACUCCAGUAUGUGAGACUGAAGAACCCUCUCAAAUCCUUUACUCCAAAAAGGAUUCCACAGUGAAUGGAGCCAGUCACACUGAAGAAGAUAUGUUUGACCCAGGUUAUGAACCUGACUGGGCUGUUAUUAGCACAGUUGGAACCAGGACACGGCCACAGGAGGAUGCACGUGCUGCCACUCAGUACCCGGGAGCACACAGCAAGUGGGCGUUCUCCAUCAGCCUGUCAGAGUUGAAAUCCAUCCGGAAAAACAAGCCAGGCCUGGGCUGGUCAUACCUCAUCUUCAUCAGCAAGGAUGGCAUCUCCUUUCCAGCGCUUCAUUUCCAUGCUGGAGGCACCAGAGCUUUACUCAAGUGUUUGUGUAAAUAUGUUGUCCUGGCUACGUCGAAAAAGGACCCUCGUCUCUAUCUGGUCUACGCUCAUGAUUCCCAUGCCCUGUCUCAGUCUUUUGACGAGUUGCAGCUGUUCGAUGAGCAUUCCUCCGAUCUGGUGUCACGUUUCAUACACGACCCUUACGCUGCGACUUUUGGCAGCUUUUCCAAGGUGACCAAUUUCCUGCGUGAUGCUCUGCGGCCCCCAGAUGGUCCCCGCCAUCGUCCGAUACGUGAGACGGCAACGGGGAUAGACAUAGACCAGCAGGAUGAGCCAGGCUUCGAGGUCAUCAGCUGCCAAGCUGAUCUUGGCCAGAGACCGACAGUGCAGCGGCAGGAGACUCUAACGGCUGCAGAGUGGGCGAAACAUCUGGACCCAGAAGGAAGAGUUCGGGAUGUGGAGGAACUGAAGAAGAAGAUUUUUAAAGGAGGACUAUGUCACAGCAUCCGUCGGGAAGUGUGGAAAUUCCUGCUGGGAUACUACCCCUGGGGCAGUACAGCCGAGGAACGCAAAGUUAUGGUAAAGCAAAAAACAGAUGAAUAUUUCCGGAUGAAACUGCAGUGGAAAUCAGUGACAGAGGAUCAGGAACGUCGGAACUCCCUGCUACGGGCAUACAAGAGUCUGAUUGAGCGGGAUGUUAGUAGGACUGAUCGCAACAACAAGUUCUACGAGGGGAAUGACAACCCAUGCCUGGUGCUGUUGAAUGACGUGCUGAUGACUUACUGCAUGUACAACUUCGAUCUAGGUUACGUGCAGGGAAUGAGUGACCUCCUCUCUCCCAUACUCUAUGUGACCCAGAAUGAAGUCGAUUCCUUCUGGUGUUUCACAGGCUUCAUGGAGAAAGUGCACCGGAAUUUUGAGGAAAGCCAGGAGAGCAUGAAGGAACAGCUGGAAAAGUUGGCCCUGCUGCUGAGGGUGCUGGACUCUGCACUCUGCGACUUCCUAGAUUCCAGAGAGUCGGGUAACCUCUGCUUCUGUUUCCGCUGGCUUCUCAUCUGGUUUAAAAGGGAGUUUUCCUUUCCAGAUAUACUGCGCCUUUGGGAGGUACAAUGGACAGGCCAUCCAUGUCCUAACUUCCACCUGCUGGUGUGCUGUGCUAUCCUGGACUCUGAGCGAGAUGCACUGAUGAACCCCAACUACGGCUUCAAUGAGAUACUCAAGCACAUCAAUGAGCUGACCAUGAGACUGAACAUGGAAGACAUCCUGUGCAGGGCGGAAGCGAUAUACCAGCAGUUGGCUGCCUGUCCGCAGCUGCAGCGGAGUGUGCAGCAGAUCCUGGGUCUGGCGGAGGCCUGCACCCCUACGCCCAGCUCGCGCUCAGGGUCCAGUACAGGAAGCUCACCCGAGGCACUAUCCCCCAGCCAGAUGCACGAGUCGGAGCUGACAGACAGCGCCUCGCACAGCCUUCCCGACAGCAGCAUCGAGAUCCUACAUACUGACGACGGGAACUUGGAGUCUACCCACAGCCCAUAGGUGCCGGGGAGGCCCUGCCAACCCCUUCCCAGCAGAAAGCCUUGAGCCCUCACCCAAGACACUCGCACGUUUUCAGCAAAGCCCGUGAGCAAGACGUUUACCUACACAGCUUUGAAAAUGAGACCAACUUCAUGCAAUUAGUCCCGUGACAUGGACAAUUAUCCCUCCCCUCACUAACUUAGCUUUGCACCGGUGAAUUGUACUGUAACGUCUGACGUUUAUCCUGAAUCCUGUAGGAGGCCUUGCGAACCAGUUACUCUGUUUAGAUAAUUAAGUGCCCUUUCUCAAGGGAACAGUGCUUCUCUCUCCAGAGGCUGUUUUUCCGGAUAGUUUUAUGAAUUACACAGCAGGUCAAGCAGCAUCUAUAGGGUGAAAAUUUCCCCCCACUUCCUUUAUUCCCUCUCUGACCAGUCUAUUACUUCCCCCUGGGUCCCCUCCUCCUUCCCUUUCUCCCAUGGUCCACUCUCCUCUCCUAUCAGAUUAUUUCUUCUCCAGCCCUUGACCUUUCCCACCCGCCUGGCUUCACCUAUCACCUUCUAGCUAGCCUCCUUCCCCUCCCUCCACCUUUUUAUUCUGGCAUCUUCCCCCUUCCUUCUCAGUCUUAAUGAAGGAUCUCGGCCCGAUACAUUGAUCGUUACUUUUCCGUAGAUGCUGCCUGAUGCUCCUCCAGCAUUUCGUGUAUGUUGCUUUGAGGGUGAUAAAGAGUUAAUUUCUCUUUUUUUUAUAUAUAUAUAUAUAUAGAGAUACAUGCCCUUCUGGCCCAGUGAGACUGUGCCUCCCAAAUACACCCAUGUGACCGAUUAACCUACUAUCCCGUACGCCUUUGGACUGUGGGAGGAAACGGGAGCACCCGGAGGAAACCCACGCGGUCACGGGGAGAACGUACAAACUCCUUACAGACAGUGGUGGGAGUUGAACCCACAUAUUGGCAUGUAAUAGUGUUACACUAACUGCCACUGUCUGCGGGAGUGUGCGCUCCGGGCGCGUGGGUUUCACCCACGAUCCAAAGACGUAUGGGUUAAUAGGUUAAUUGGUUACACGGGUGUAAUUGGGUGAUGCAGGGCUCACUGGGCCUCGAGCCUGUUACUCCCCUAUAUCUCUAAAUAAACAGAUUAACCUUGCAGGCUGAUGAUCUAUCGAAAAGACUCGAAGUUGCAGUAGAGGGGAGAGAAUAGGAAAGAACCAAAGGUCAGUGAUACGAUGGAGACCAAGAGAGAUUGAAUGAGACCGUAAUGACGUCAGCUAAAGGACAAAGGCAAGGGUGAGGAACUAACAGAAGGUACAUAAAACAAUAGGUGUGGUGAUGCUUUUGCCACUGUGCAUCUGAACAGUGGGAGGAAACCCACGCAGAUACUGGGAGAGUACAUGCAGACAGGGCUGGUUAACGUAACACUGCUACAGCCCCAGCAUUACCAUCCUCUGUCUGCUGGAAUCACCACCAAUUACGUCGUUCAAACUUACUUGUGUCUCUCCUUUCUCUGCUUAAUAUCCCAGCUCAGCUGAAACUUCAGCCUGAAUCUUUAUCUGUUUUUUUUUUGUUACCCCUUCACAGAUGAACAGCUGAAAUCUCCCACCAUUUUUAUUUUGCUUUAGUUUCAGAAGUUAGCACCUUGCAUUAGGGUUUUCUCUCUCCGCCAAGGGAGCACUGGUUUCCUGCCUCUCCCCCUGCAGUACUGCAGCCAAGCUCCCAUGGAGUUAUUUUAAUUCUAUGAUCACUACAAGAUAGCAAACAUUCAUCAUGCUGAUGGUGUGUGCCCCAGCUCUGCACCUUGCUGGGUGCUGCCCCUGCUUUCUCCGAUUCUCUCUUCCCACAAGCACUGAACUUUUCCAGCAUGCUUUGUUUGAUUUGACAAAAGGUAAUCUCUUCUCAGUGGCCACCCUCACCUUCACACCCUCUCCCCUGCCCCCUCCACCUACUUCUCUCCCCCUCGGCCAGCUAAUCAGUACAUUUUGCAUGGUAAAAAUCACCCACUGCCUCAUUGCUGCCAGCUGUUCUCUGUCGGACGAGCAUUGUGGACGUAUGGUUCUGCUGAGAAUGUUACCUUUUGAUUUUGUUGAUUAGUGUCUGUUCCUCCUACCAUGUCACUCACCACAUGAGGGCAGAAUCCUUUUUUACACAGGCGCGUAUUAAUCUUCCCCCUCUGCAGAAUAUUUAAGUGCUGCAAAGUAUAUUAAGGCAUCCUAUAAGUUAACUCUUUUUCACUGAACUAUUUCUGUCGAUGGAUUUGAUGGUGACUUCUUGAAUCCAUCUUAGUGAUGAGGAAGGCUGCAAAAUAUACAAAGCCUAUAGUUUCUUCUAACUGUGUGUUUAAUGGCUUGUGAUUAUGCUGCAUUAAAUAUUUGUCACAGAUUUUCUUUGUAUUAAAUAUAUAUAUAUAUAUACUGUAUAUCUGUAGUAGAAAUAUAUCAGAAUGAGUGGAUUACAAGUUGAAAGUUAUGUUCCAUUGUGCCAAACAGAAAGGAUGGCGAAAUGUAUCACAAAUUAUGUUAUAUGAGAGAUAAUGUGCAAUUCUGUCUCCGUUUCUCUCCCCCCUCCCCCAUCUCUCUCUCUUUCUCUCUCUCUCUCUGUCUCCCUCUCUCUCCCCCCCCCCCCGGCUGUGAUAGUGGGUGUCUGUCUGUCUCUCUCUCUCUCUGACACAAUGUGUAUGUCUCAUUUUCUCUCUCAUUUUCUCUCUCUCGUUCUUUCUCUCUCUCUCCUCUCUCCUCUCCUCUCUCUCUCUCUCUCUCUCUGUCAUUCUCCCUCUCUCAUUCUCCCCCUCCCUCCCUCUUACCCUCUUCCUCCCUCUCUCAUUUUCUCUGUCCGCCUGUGUGUCCCUCUGCUUUUGGAGUACACAUUUUUUGAGUUUCUUGAAAAGGCAUGUGAACAAAAGAAUUUGCAUUCCGUACAUACUGUUCCAUCCACUUGUAGAGGUGUGGUUAGUUUGUGGAACACACAACUGUCUGAAAUUAGCCACAGGACGCAAUUGGCUGCUACAAUAGCAACUUUCAGACAGACAAUGGACAACUUGUUUGCUUUGAGAAGAGUGAAAUUUCCUCUGUAUCAAAGAACUCUAUCUGUCCUGCACUUGUUUUUGGAAUGUUAUAGAGGGGUUAUAGAGGGAGCUUUGCAGAAUCUAACCUUCUUCCCUCUUUCCCCCCACACCCCAAACAGCUGUUUUUGCUCUGGGAGAAUUAAACGGAAUAGUGUAGAAAAAAAAGUAAACAGUAUUUAACCCACUGGGUGCCUGAAGUUACUGUGUUUGUUUCCAGUUACUGACAAGACUCUAACUGAUUCAAUAAAAGAAAUCGUUUCAAAUAA